AUGGUGGAAAAUAGUUGGGAUGUGGAAUUGGUUGUUCAGCUAGUGGGUCAAGAGAUUGCUGAUGAUAUUUUCUCUCAGGUUGAUGGAACUAAACCAGGAAUGGAUCGGUUAAUAUGGCUUGGUAGUAGGAAUGGGAGAUUUUCAACAAAAAGUGUUUGGGACUGGCUUCGUAUUUCGGUUCCAAAGCACCAAUGGACAAAUUGGAUUUGGCACUCUGCUUUACCAAAAAAAAUUUCAGUUGUUGUGUGGAAGGCGAUGACUAAUAGCUUGAGUGUGGACGACCGGAUAAGGCGUAUUGGUAUCUCUUUAGCCUCAAAAUGUGAAUGUUGUCUGCAGGGCGACUUUGAGGACCUAGAUCAUGUGCUUUACAGUGGCAAGAUUGCGGCUAAGCUUUGGCAAAUGUGCUCUAGUUUCCUAGGUAUUCCUUAUGUGGCUACUAGGUCUUGGUUGAUUACUGUUGAAACUUGGUUUCGUAGAUCCAAAAAAUCCACAAAGGAGAAGCCAGAGCUGGGUUGGUUCAAAUUAAAUACAGAUGGUAGUAGUUUGGUGAAUCCGGGAAUUUCAGGUGCGGGGGGAUUGAUUAGAGACCAUAAAGGCAAUCUAAUUGUUGCUUUUUCGGAGUAUAUUGGUAUUGGUUCUAAUAAUAAAGCAGAAUUAUUGGGGGUUCUAAUUGGUUUGCGAAAAUGUAAGGCGAUGGGUUUACGUAAUAUUGUUGUUGAACUUGACUCAUCUCUGAUUGUGACUUGGUUCGAGAAAGGUAGUUGUCGGGUUUGGUACUUGGAGGAUUUUUUGGAGGAAAUAGUUCUUCUCCUCAGUGGCCUGAAUACUCGGUUUAACCAUGUGUUUAGAGAGGGUAACCAAGCUGCGGACUGGCUCAGUAAACGUGGUAGUGCGGGGAUUACGCAUGAUUAUAAUUCGAAUAAUAUUCCUAAUGAACUCAAAGGGAUUUUACGGGUAGAUAAAUGUAGAUUACCUUGCUUUAGAAUAAAGUAA